AUGUUGGGGAGGACGGCGACGUGCCCAGGCCGGCUGGCUGCGCGGCCGACACCUCGCGUCGCAAGUCGUCCGCUAUCCGUCCGCGUGCAAGCCGCACAACCCCAAGUCAACCAAACUGAUCAGGAAUGCUCUAGCAGUAGCAAUUGCUCUGGGUCGACAUUUAGUCAGCCUGCUCCCAUCGGCAGGCUCAGUAUCUUCGGUAUCCCAUCUGCUCUAUCCGCGUUUGCGCUUGUGCCAAACUUUGGCGGCUUUGGAGGCAGUGGAUCAGGGCGAGGUGGAGGAGGUGGUGGUGGUGGCGGUGGCGGUCCUGACAGCGGAAAUGGACAGCCAGACGGCGGAUGGGCAAUUCCACUGUUUGACCUCGCAGCAAGCGCCGAGGGCAAAGAAACAGACAGCAAAAAAGGACGCAAUUGGAAAGAUCUCAUUACGGAUACUGAGGAUCUGGAGCACAAGCCAGGCGAGCGCACUGGGACCAACCGCUGCGUGGAAAUCGUAAUCGAGGGCUGGCCAGAGGUCGGCAACCUGCCUACCGAGUCCGAGCUCAAGGACCUGCUCACGGUUCAGGAGGGGCACAUCUUCGAGAAGCAGGACCUCCUGGACGACCGCCGCAAGCUGGAAAUUCAAUACGAGGACUACAUCGCGGAGGUUGAGAUCCGUACGGAAUUCGUUGAUGACGUGUCCAACCACCAACGGGUGGUGUACCGCUUCACGCCGCACAAGUUCCGCGGCAUCAACGCCAUCGACAUCAAGGGCGCUUCGUUAAUGCCGGCGGAGGAGAUGGAGCGCAUCUGUACGGAAUGUCUCCCGCCGCAGCCGUACAUGGUUGAUAUUGCGGUGAUGGACAAGGUCCGGAAUCGCAUCGAGCAGUGGUACCAGUCCCGGGGGCUACCGUUCUGCUACGUGGGUUUCUUCGACGGCAUGGAGGACGGCAUCCUGCGAGCCAACGUCACGGAAGCCAAGGUCGACAAUGUCAGUGUACGAUUUGUACGACCGAAGCUGACCGGGGAUUCGGAGCUGGAGUACAGUGUCCAUGACGAGGGGCGGAUAGUGAAGGCGGAGAAGGUCAUUGAGGCGUCGGGAUUCCAGCACCUUCACUCGUUCGUGAAGGGCAACCAUUACCACGUUGAGGACGGCUACGACGCCAUGAACUCCAUCUUCUCGUGCGGGCUGCUGGAGGACAUCAACAUAGAGCCCGAACAGGACCCGCAGGACGUCAACAAGAUCAAUGUCAAGAUCCGAUGCGAGGAGGUGCAGCCCAAGAGCAUGGAGCUUGACCUGGACUGGUCGUUCCAGCUGAAGAACGGGCUCCCCUCCCUGACCCGUCAGUCCCUCAUCCCGGGGGGCUCUGUGGAGGUGACCCGGGAGAACCUGUUCGGGAACUCCGAGUCCGCCACGUUGUCGCUGUCCGCCUCCGACUGGAGGAACCCCUCCGCGGACCUGGGAUUCACCUUCUCGUACAGCGAGCCCUUCUACAAGCCACACACCACACGCAACCUGCAGUUGUUCAACACACGCAAGACCUCCACCAUCUUCACUCCGGGUGGGGAGGCGGAGGUGCCGCCCGUGUUUGUGGACAGGUUUGGACUCAAGGGGUGGACCAGCGAGAUCACCGGACAGGACAACAAGGUUGAGCACGCUCUGAUGCUGCAGUUGGUGAGCGCUCUAGACGAGAACGGGCAGGUGGUGGCCAAGGGGACCAAGGUGCAGCGGGGAUACUACGCGGAUAACGGGCCGCCGACCACGGUGUCGGGCAACGGUCGCGAUCUCAGUUUGUCGUACCAGGGCUUUUUCGUUCUGGACGAUGUACGAUUUAUCAACGGUAACCAGCUUGGCACGAGGAUGGCUUUCCAGGUGGAUCAAGGUUUGAAUCCCUCCAUUCGCCUACCUGGCGGCCGUACGAUUGGACUGUCCGGCGGCAUCUAUAACCGUGCAACCGCCUCGUACACCAAGUUCAUGGAGGCGCCCUUCUUGCCGAAACUCACCAUGGAACAAUUGUGGAAGGAGCGCAAGGCGCCGUACACUGUCGUACUGCAUGCCAAGGCUGGAAAUGCGUUAGGCGAGCUAGGGGCGUACGACUACUUUUCGCUGGGCGGGCCCUACAGCGUUCGUGGCUACAGUCACGGCGAGAUUGGCGCGGCGAAGCGAUUUUUGGAGCUCGCGACGGAGGUGCGUGUGCCGUUGAAGAACUUCAAGCUGCCGGGCACCGCGUACGGCUUUGUGGAGUACGGCAGUGACCUGGGCAGUGGCCGGGAGUUGAUGGGCAACCCCACCGAGUACUACCGCAAGCCAGGGCGCGGCAUGUCGUACGGCGUAGGCAUUAAGGCUCUGGGCGCAUGCCGCUUCGAAUAUGCCCGGGACUGCAACGCGGGCUCGGGGACAUUACUUGUCAACUUCGGGGAGCGUUUCUGAACGCAUUGCGUGUUUUAUACGUGUGUAGACGCGCGUGUGCGUAUGUGUGUUGAGACGCUCCGCUUCGUAGUGUCCUCUUCCCCGCCUCCCCCUCCUGUCUGUCUGUCUGUCUGUCUGCCCUGUUGUUUCUCUCCGCAUGUCCUCGCCAGGCAGGGAGGCGGGCAGGCAGGGCGCCAGGGAGGGAACCUGGGGGGGCCCUUUUUCCCGUGGGUUCAUUUGGUCACCCACUGCGGCAACUGUGGCAACAACUCUGUCAGCUGUUGUUGUUCUCACAACCUGCUCU